AAUGCCGGCACUUGUUCGCGAUUGGACGCAGAUCCGCAGAUCUCCACAACAUCUUGAGUUCUCUCACAGCUGUUCCUGCACAGAUCUCCAUGUCUGCUCCUCAUCCACAGUGUGCCUCCUCUUAGAGCGACUCUGCCGGAGGGGCGUGCACGUGUUUUUUUUACAGUACACCAGCAGGGACACUGUUCACCCACACACACACACACACGCUCACCAUGGCUCCUGCACUGAAUCGCACACCGGCGUUGUUGUCGUGUAUUUAUUUUGCCUCGCUGCUUUUCUCCGGUGUGUUCUGCGACGCGGAUGCAGAAGAAGAUGAACACGCCAAGCACUCAUACACGGUGGAGAUGUUCAACGAGGCGGUGCCCACCGCUCCACACUUUGUCAUGUUUUACGCCCCGUGGUGCGGCCAUUGCCAGAGAUUACAGCCGGCAUGGAAUGAACUGGCAGACAAAUACAACAGCAUGGAUGAUCCUCAGGUGUACGUGGUGAAGGUAGACUGCGUCCAGGACACCAAGUUCUGCUCCAAUGUCCAUGGGAUCAGAGGCUACCCCACGCUUAAGUUGUUUAAGCCAGACCAGGAGGCAGUGAAAUACCAGGGGUCCAGAGAUCUGGAGUCUUUGGAGGCCUGGAUGCUGAAGACACUCCAGGAGCAGCCUGAGGAACCAGAGACUGAACUGGAGCCCCCCAAAGCCCCAGAGCCCAAACAGGGCAUGUAUGAGCUCACCGCUCUCAACUUCAAGGCCCAUAUAGCCAAAGGUGCUCAUCUCAUUAAGUUCUUUGCUCCAUGGUGCGGCCACUGCAAAGCCAUGGCACCAACCUGGGAACAGCUGGCCACCACCUUCGAGCACUCCGAUGAUGUCAAGAUCGGGAAGGUGGACUGCACACAGCAUUAUGAGGUGUGCUCCGACAACGGAGUGCGGGGAUAUCCCACACUGCUCUUCUUUUACAAUGGACAGAAGACAGAGCAGUACAAAGGAAAAAGAGACUUGGACUCUUUCAAAGACUUUGUGGACAAUCAGCUGAAGGCUGCCAUGGCUGAGGAGGCAGACCAGGAACCAAGCGACGAACAAAAAGAAAACGAGAUCCCCACUGAUGAGCCGGCCAAAGAGGAGUCCAGUGUGUUGGACCUGACAGAAAACAACUUUGAUGAGUCAGUGGCCAAGGGCUUUACCUUUAUCAAGUUCUAUGCUCCAUGGUGCGGCCACUGUAAGAAUCUUGCUCCAACAUGGGAGGAUCUUUCCAAGAAGGAGUUUCCUGGCCUCACUGAUGUCAAGAUAGCCAAAGUGGACUGCACUGUUGAGCGCACACUGUGCAACAAGUAUUCUGUACGAGGUUACCCGACACUGAUCAUCUUCAGGGCAGGGACCCAGGGUGACGAGCACCACGGAGGACGGGACCUGGAGAGCCUGCACAGCUUUGUCAUGAGGCAGGCGAGAGACGAGCUGUAGAAGACGGUGAAGUCAGCGCCCACACUGCAUAUCUGACCAGUAGGACACCACUCUCUCGCUCGCUCUCAUACAGAAGCCAGCUCUCCCUUUAUCUCUCUCCACUCGGGUUUGGCGGUCUCUUCUUUCUUCCGUGUUCAAGGACAGAAUGAUUCAGUUUGGGAUCUGAUAUAUUUGUCAUUGCUGUUACUCAACCUCAAGUCUCCUAAUGUGGAGAAUAUCAGUUGGGUCUGCACAUGAAGUUAUUCUGUGUCUGACAUUCACUCUGCAAGCACUGCUCAAUUGAUCGGAACCAGAAUUCAUCACACAGGUAAUGUUUAUUAAAAGGGUAACACUGAAAAUGUUCCUGGUUAAAAAUCAAUUGUUUCUGACUUAAACUUCUGUAGCCAUUUGACUUUUUUUUUUUAAAUACCAAUUUUUUUUUUAUACAUGGGAUCUGUUGUUAAAUCAUGAGCCAUUAAUGUUACAGUAUUUGUUAAAAGCUUGCGUCACCCGAAUGUGAUUUUUGAGUUAAGUUGCAGGAACUUCAUAGCCACACCACUAAUAGCUUGUCUGACUUAACUCUCAGGGAAACACAGGCUGGAGGGAGCUGUGACGGAGGCUUCAUUGUCGAUAAGGGAGUCUGAGAUGGCACAGGGGCCCGAUUUCAUUUUUCUCUUCGUGAUUAAGAGAAAAAUAAAGAUCAGAGUAAUUUCUCAUGCUUGUUGGAAAGUAAAGAAAAUUAGCAAAGAUCUAAGUCAUGCACCCGACUUCUUUUCAGACUCCUCCAGCCCUCUCUGCUCCUCCUGGCAUUCAGCCUCUCAGGCCUGGACCAUGUCGCUCCAUAUCUCUGUUACUGAACAUCUGUAGACUUACUGCUUCUUCUGUUCAUUCGGAAACACCCAUCAGACGCAACUAAGUGUCAAAUGUGUCCAUAGAACUCUCUUUUCAAAAUAUCUACAAAUUUAUGAAUGUCAUUUUUCGAUGGCACUGUUUUCUAAGUCAUCUUUUCCAAAAAAAUAUGUGAAAGCUUUUAAGAGCAUUCCUCUGGUCAGACAUUUUUAUAAAGCAAUGUUAAAACUGAAAGAACAUAAGCUCAAGAUCAGCCAGGCUAUCUAGCAUCACAUCACAUCACCUCUCCUAUGAUAAUUUUGUUUUUGUGGUUGAACCAGCUGCAUCUACCAUCUUCAUAAUUUGCUCUUCCUUGUCCCAAAUAGGGGCAGCAUGUUCCAUUGGUUAGCACUGUUGCCUCACAAGAAGGUUCCCGGUUCGAAUCCCGGUUUGGCCGUGGUCUUUCGGUGUGUAUCUCGCUGUUUCUUGGAGGCCCGUCCAGGGUUUACCCAACCUCUUGGCCAGUGUCAGCUGGGAUGGGCUCCAGCCCCUUGGUGACUCCCAGAGGAUAAGCAGUAUAUAUAAUGGAUGAAUGGUUCUCAAUCAUCACUCUGAAUGUUAUAUUUUCUCUCAGUGGCUGUAAGACCUGGACCAUGACUAAACAGAUAGAGUUUAACUCUGCUACAUGGAUAAUGGGUCUGAUCUUAGCUGCUAAUUCACCAAAUACAACCAAAAUAAACCAUUAUCUGACUGUUUUUUCCUAUUCUCACUGUAAGCAUUGGUUAGGUGUAGUUUUAGUGUCCUGUAUACUGAGUCAUAGCAUCAACCCUCAAACCAACAUGUUCUGAGGGAUUCAACUGUCAAAAGUUUGAGUGGUAUUUGCAGUUUGAGUCUUUUAAUUUCCUUUUCCUGCGUUUAAUCAUGUAGCGAUGUAACAAACUGCAUCCAUACACAAGGAUGUGCCCAAACCAUGCAAAUGCACAAUGCCGGGUGCCAUUCAUUUAUUGUCCAAACCAGGUACACAAACAGCGAGACACAGCAGUUCUUUGUCAGUAAAAGUUUUUAUGGAUAGCACAUGGUCUUAAAAAAAAAACUCCAGUGAGAAGUUUUUUUUCCUUGUGAGUCAUGGGUUGUGCUCUACCCAUGGAUUUUGUACAAAAAAGAGUAAAUAAUGGCAAGUUGUAACAUGAGAUUUCAUAAUAAAUUUUUUCAAAAAUAA